AUGGACCGCUCGAUUAACAGCAUCACCAGGAAAAGGGUAGCCGUCGUCGGCAGCGGUUGCGCAGGCACUGCCGCCCUCUGGGCAUUGAAUAGGACAUAUCAUGAUGUAUACCUAUACGAGGCGGCCUCCCGUCUCGGAGGGCAGACAAAUACUGUCCAGUGGACGAAGGGCAAGUUUUCCACUGCUGUGGACACUGGCUUCGUCGUUUUCAACACGACAACGUACCCCAAUUUUGUUGAGUUCAUAAAAAGGCUCGGCCUUGACUCUGAGCCAACUGAAGUGUCGUUGGGUGUAUCCAGAGACCACGGGCUUUUUGAGUGGGCGAGCACUAGCCUACGCGCCGCAUUUUCCCAGAGGAGGAACUUGUUGUCACCACGAAUGUGGAGGAUACUCUUUGAUAUCGUGCGCUUCAAUCAGUUCGCUAUCGAUAUACUCAUAGAGGAGGACAUAGAGUCGGCCCGUGGAGGCCCCGACAACGCUCACCGAAGCGAAACGAUUGGGCAAUAUCUAGAAAGGGAAGGAUAUUCCACCUCAUUCGAGAACGAUUACCUCCUCCCUCUGAUAUCCACUAUCUGGAACGCAAGUCCUGAAAAGUCCUUCUUGGACUUUCCUGCGGUCACCCUCGUCCGGUUCCUAUGGAACCACUACCUCGUAUCGACGAGCCUCGGGCGGCUUCAAUGGCUGACUCUAAGAUAUGGAUCAAAGUCGUACGUCGACGCUGUGAUGAAAGGGUUCCCACCUAACCACCUGUUUACAAAUACGUCCGUGAGGAGCCUCUCCAACGAUGCAGACGGUCGUGUUCGGCUGCAUUUCGAGAAUGGAAAAACGGAGGUCUUUGACCACGUUGUACUAGCAACACACGGAGACCAGGCUCUGUCGAUUAUAAACACCUCAGCAACAGAGGAGGAGAGGUCUAUCCUUUCUUGCUUCCGGACGUCGCAAACCGAGGCUGUUCUUCAUUCAGAUACAUCGCAUAUGCCAUCUCGACGGAAGGCUUGGGCAGGCCUCAAUUGCCGAACUGUGUCAGCUCACAUGGGGAAACCAGGUAUUGGGAAGACGUCGCUAACCUGCAAUAUGAACUGGCUUCAAAAUAUACCCCGAGACCCCUUUGGCGACGUACUCGUAACGUUGAAUCCACUCCACCAGCCUCGCAGGGACCUCAUACAAGGCCGAUAUUACUACACCCAGCCAGUAUACACUAUCGAGUCUUUUCGCGCGCAGAAGCUCCUCCGGUAUAUCCAAAACACUCGAGGAAUCAGCUACGCCGGGGCGUGGACUAACUACGGCUCUCACGAGGACGCAUUCAGCAGCGGGUUACGUGUGGCUCAGGAGCACCUGGGAGCUAAGCUGCCAUUCCAGUUCCAGGACUCAACUUAUAGCCGGGGGAAGACUCCAAGACUGGGAAUGCUAGACCAUACCCUGCGUCUCAUCAUUCUCAUCUUGCAAGUAUUCGUGGUCCAGAUCUUAGAGUGGUUAACGGGUAGGGGCAGGCAAACGACCAGGCCAAAUGUCAAUGGCAAGCUUCGAGCAAAGGCA